ACAACUUCUGCAUCCUUCAUCCGGAGCUAUGGAAGCAGCUUUGGUAGCUACUACAGCUCGCUUUGUGGCGGACAAGGUGACAAUUCUCGUUCAACUCGACGAGAAACUCAAGACAAUAACUGGUACUAAAAGGAAGAUGGAGAAGCUCAAGGAGUUGUCCACGAUCAUUGACAUGGUGAUCCGAGACAUCGAGUGCCGCCCUUUUAUCGAUGAUGCUGUGAAGGACAUGCUGAAGAAGCUCAAAUACUUGGCCUAUGACCUCGAGGAUGUUGUGGAUUACUAUGACACCAAAGUCUUGCAGAAGAAGCAGAGAUCAAAAACUUCUUUAAGGCCGGUGCGCGAUUUCUUCUCUUUUGAUAAUCAAGUUGUGUUUAAGAGUAGGGUAGGUGGCAUGAUAAAAGCUAUAACAGAAAGUCUGGAUUCUAUUUUGCUGCAAAAGUCCAUUCUUCUCAAUUUGCCACAAAGCAGUAUCCGCAUGUCGGAACCAAUUAGUCUCUACAGAGAGACCCACUCUUGUAAUAGCUUUGUUGUUAUAGGGAGAGGACCAGAGAAGAAUAAGAUUGUCAACAUGUUAACAAAGGAUGAUGAUGAUGAUGAUGAUGAUGAUGAUGCUGAAAGCAACCAUGGCACAGUGAAGGUCUUCGCCAUAGUUGGGAUGGGUGGCAUAGGGAAGACUACACUUGCUCAACUUGUUUUCAAUGAUGAGAAGGUGAAAGCUCAUUUUGCAAGUUUAAAAAUGUGGACAGUUGUUGGGGCUGAAUUUGAUCCUAAAAGGAUCAUGAAGUCUGUUUUAGAACUGGCUACUGAUGCAGAGGUUAACAUCUCACAAAUAGAAUUGGUGAGGCAGAACCUAGAAAAAGCAUUAUCUGGGAAAAAAUUUCUGCUCGUUCUUGAUGAUGUGUGGAACGAGGAUGAGUUACAGUGGGGUGUACUGAAAGCUGCCUUAACAUGUGGGGCGAGAGGAAGCAAAAUUUUGGUGACAACCCGUAGCCAACAAGUCUCUUUAAUUAUGGGCUCAUCAAACACCACCCACCAAAUACAACAGUUGUCCGUAGAUGAUUGUUUGUCCUUGUUUAAACAAUUUGCAUUUGGAGAUCAAGCAGCUGAUCGAACCUUGAUGAAAAUUGGUGGAAAGAUUGUUGAGAAAUGUGGCGGUGUUCCCUUGGCUGCCAUAUCUCUUGGUAGCAUGCUCCGUAGUACUCGAGAGGAAACUUACUGGUCCUCGGUAUUGAAUAGUGAAAUAUGGCAACUGAGAAAUGAGGAAGAUAAAGUGUUAUCUGUAUUAAAGUUGAGCUAUGACACUCUCCCUCCACGGUCAAAGAAGUGUUUUGCAUUUGCUUCCCUAUUCCCAAAAAAAUAUAGGAUGGCAAAGGAUGAACUAAUAAAACUGUGGAUAGCAAAUGGUUUCAUACAUUCAGAAGGAAAUUUUGAUGCAGAAACAAAUGGCAAUCAUGUCUUUAAUGAUCUAGUAAUGGGUUCAUUCUUUCUCUUGGCACCUUCCCGUGACUAUGAAUAUGAUAGUCAUGUAACCAAGUGCACGAUGCAUGAUUUGAUGCAUGAUCUGGCACGAUCAGUGUCUGUAGAUGUAUAUUGGAAUUCUAUUCAAGACUCAGUGGAAGAUAUUGGAAAACGAACAUAUCAUUUGCAAAUAUCUAAAGGAGAUUUACUAGACAUGACUCAGGUCUUAGGUAAGAAACCAUUGUACUUGCGCACCUUUAUGCACCUAUAUACAUUGUCACGUUCAAUUUCAUGUUUGAGUAUCAAUCUAUUUGAAAUUGUCUUCUCAGAACUGAAAUUCUUGAGGGUGGUAGAUUUAAGUUACAAUGCCAUCAGGGAGGUACCAACAUCAAUAGGAAAUCUGAAACAUUUAAAGUACCUUAACUUAUCUAAGAACAAUAUUGAAGUUCUACCUGACUCCAUAACUCUUCUCCCCAAUUUACAGUAUUUCAAUCUCAGUUUCAAUUAUGAACUUAAAGAGCUACCAAAAGAGUUAGGGAAUAUACAAAACCUUCGGGAUCUUGAUUUACAAUAUGAUUUAACAUUGACACACAUGCCCUGUGGAUUAUCUAGACUAACUAAUCUUCGAAGUUUACCUCUCUUUAUUGCUGAUGACAAAACUAGCACAUGCUCAAUUAUAGAGCUUGAGGAUUUGAAGCUUCAUGGAGGAAUGAAAAUUAAAUUUUCCAAAGAAUUUAAGAAUUAUUCUUGUGAUGGAAGAAAAAUCUUGAAGAAUAAAGAUCUUAAUGAAUUAUGCAUAGAGUUUAAUGGUUCAAAAAUAUAUGACAAGUAUAUGUUGGACGAUCUUUGUCCCAACACGAGCCUAAAGAAGUUGGACAUAUGGUAUUAUAGGAGCCCACAAUUUCCAACAUGGUUGAUAGAGUUACAACUGCCAAAUUUGGUUGAAGUUAGCCUUCAAAACUGUCGUGAUUGUGAACAUAUUCCUCCGUUUGGAAAUCUGCAGUUUCUUAAGAAGCUUUACUUACAAUCUAUGACCGACGUUACACAGAUGGGUGAUGAGUUCCAUGGUUACGGAGGCUUUCCUUCCCUUCAAGAACUCUUCUUGCAUGGGAUGGAUAAUUUAGAGGAAUGGUCGGAGUCUCAUGGUGUCGAUGAGUUGUUCCCUAAAUUGCAAAGUCUGAAUAUUUUCAAUUGUCCUAAAUUGAAAAGUAUGCCGAGACUUCCUAGAAUCCAACACCUUAAGAUAUCAUACUGCAGUGGGAGCAUACUCUCAUGUAUCAGAGGGCUAACUUCUCUUUCUGUUCUCAAAGUCGAGGAGAUGAAUGACAUGACAUCUCUUCCAAGUGGCUGCAUCAGAAACCUCACAUCCUUGACUGAAUUACAAAUUACAGAAUGUAGACAACUCCAAUCUCUUCGUGGGGAUGAAAUGCAGUACCUAGAAAUGCUUCGUUCAUUUACCAUUGAAAGCUGUGAUAAUUUGACAUCCUUCCCGUCGGAAGUGGAGCAUCUCAGUUCUCUCUGUUGUCUACGGCUCUCAGAUUGUCCAAGUAUAAUAUUGAAGCCAGAAGAACUUGUACAAAUCUUGAAUUCAGUAGAUAAGUACGGAAUCCGAAAAUUAAGUAUUUGUUAUUGUGAUGAAUUGCAGUCGUUGAUGACAACAGAAGCAGCAAGCAGUACUGUGCUAGAAGAACUAUACAUAGAUGGAAUUUCCAAUCUCACGACCUUGCCUGACUGGCUGCAGCAUCUCAACUCUUUUCGUUUACUAUCAAUUGAGAACUGCCCACAAUUAGAAAGGGUGCCAAGGUGUUUGAAGAAUGGACGAUUGUCGGUUGCCCACAAUUGAAAAGUAGAUGCGAAAGGGAGACAAGCGGAGAUUGGUCGAUCAUCUCACAUGUUCCAGAUGUUUAUAUUGAAUAGGCUCCUCAGAUUCAUCUGGAGAUGAUUCGAAAGGUAAGUUAGAAAAACAUUUUAAUUGAAUAAAAUAACAAAUCAUUACAUGCAUUUCUGUAGUUGCACAGCUAAAAUGC